UUACAAAGAGUUAACUUGUGAUCGAUAUUUAAAUUCCAAGGUUAGAUCAAGUCGCUUACACACAAGACAAAUUUCUCCCUUAUCGAGACACAUUUUGUCACCAUGAUUUGGUUGGUGACGGUGAGCAUGCUUCUGACAUUCGGGAGUUGCUAUGGUUACACUGGUUGUACCGACACCUCGCUGCAGUACCAAGGCUACACGUACACAAUAGACCCCACUACUCAGCAGAAAGUCUGGUCCCACUGUGGCUUUCCCAAUCCCAGCUUUGACUACGCCCUCUGUGGACUGGCCUUCACCUCAGGGGAACACUUCCUCUGUGACCCGGAUGGACUGCUCACGUCACAGAUUGACGCCAUUGAUUUGGCCUUACGGAAUAUUCAAGCGAACACUUCUACUCUGUGCACCAGUGCUGAUGGAAGUUCAGAGAGUUUUACCGUGUCAAUAGCCCUUAUAAAUCGAACACGUAUUGCAGAUUUUUCGUCUGCUAGUUUGUGUAUCAACAAUUGUGGAGAGCUACAACCAGGAACCAACCUCACUGCCAGCUCUCUGUCUGACGGUCAGAAGACGGCCAUCGCCGAAAACUUCGGUGAUUAUCUACGGACCGGGUGGCGCUUCGGUUCCUGCGGAAAUGACGUCGUAAUUUUUUAUGCACAGGAUUUAAAUAAGGUUCAUGUAGCGGUUGGAUACAAAGCUACCAGUCUUGUUACAUCAGACGUCAUUGACUACAUCAAAAACACGUUUGUGUCAUAUAAAAGCAACGGAAAAUUAGCGGAAGGUCUUCUCGUCAUCGCGGAAAAGCUGCGCAUCACGCUGCGCGGUGUAACUCCCGCUCACGUGCUCCUGAUUUUAAACAUGAUCGUGGUCGUUUUGACAGCUGUGUUCCUGGUGUUUUUCCUCCACCUUCGCUCCGUGGAAUUCAAUGCCUGGGGUCGGGAGGGGCUGUGGAAGAUUCCAGAGUACUUUUUCUAUUUUAUAUCUGGAGUAUGGAUGAUAAAUGGACUUUUGUAUGGCGUUAUUUAUGUGUCCAACAAAGCACCUUACUGGGCAACCUUCUUUUCUGGUAUAAUGGGGCUGGCUUUUAUCAUUUUGUAUAUAUUUGAAGAACAAAUAUUUGAUACAUAUUCCAACAGCGGAUCCUACACACUUAACAUUACAUCCUAGAGAAAUAUCGAAGUCCUUUAUUUUGUUAAUAUGUUUUUUUUUAAAUUAAUAAUAUAAUUUUAUUUUUAUAUUGUAACAUUAAACUAUAUUAAUAUCAAUGAUACCUUAAAUCUCCAUGUAUGAAAUAUGUAAAGUGCACGGAGUUUUAUUCAUUAAUAUCAUCUAACUUGUCUUUUGACAUUUCCUUAAUUACGCAUACGUUGUUUUUUCUUUAUAUGCGGGAUUAUACGAGGGUUGAUCCAAAAGUAAUGUCACAGUGUCCAUAUCUUUUAUAUUUGGCGUCAUUUUAU